AUGGGUCCGGAUGCGAUGACCAUCAGACCCGAAUCUUCCAUGGGGAAUCCUCUGCAGAAAGGAAGAUACGGAAGACUCGGAUACUUACGAGCGCAUGAUGCUCAUGCACUCGACUGGACCUCAGGCCUGCCCAGACAUUUGCCAGGGUCAGCCGCACCCUGGAACGAUCCAUGGAUUGACCCUACUGUCCAAUCACGCUGUAGGCGCAAAACAGCAAGGAUACGCCAUCUACGCAGUACCCUGACUCAGUUGCCACCUCCUGCGGGUCCAACCCCUCCUCGUACAACACCUAGUGCCCUGACGCUCUCGCACACACGCCAAGUACGCUACAUACAUGCCCCGCAACCUCCGAGAUCCCGCUUCCCCAUCCUUCCCAAGGCUUCACCGCUCGGCUGUUUUGAUACCGCUUCCGGCUGA